AUGCUGAAGAAAGAAUGGAAUGUUCGUAGUGGUGAUAUGGUCGUAUUAUUUGGUACAAUUAUUUCUGAUAAUCUCGACUUGAACAUUUCAUGGUAUAUCGGUACAAAAGCAGUUACAAAUGGUGGCCGAUAUCGUUAUUGGCGGAAAGGUUUCGAUUGUUGCUUGGAAAUAUUCGAUUGUGAUAUAUCAGAUUCCGGUGAUAUCGUAUGUAUUGUAGAAGCACCUAAUUGUAUCGCUUCUGAUAUUACCGUACUGCAUGUAAACGAUGACGAUAUGGCCGGAAUUGAGCCGAAAUUUCUUCAAAUGUUGAAAUAUGAUGAAAUUUAUGAUUGCUUACAAUUGAUAUGUCGAGUAUCAGGCUAUCCAGUACCUUAUGUUACCUUUCAUUUUCGUAAUCGUCGUAUUAUCAGCAAUCAACGUAUAAGUAUCGAUCGGAAAAAUGAUUGGUGGAUAUUACAGAUCAAGGAUUGUACGGUUGAUGAUGAAGGUAAAUAUGUAGCCGUUGCGAGAAAUCGUAUUGGACGAAUCUUUUCAUCUUGUUUGGUGAUAUUAAGUAAUAAAAAUCCAGCUACCUAUAUAGCAGAUGUAUAG